AUGGCUUCCUAUCUCAACCCUCUCGUUAUCUUAUCUUUGGUCUCGGCGGUUCAAGCUGUUCAGCCCUCCGCUCCGGAUUUUGUCGCAGCUCCUUUACGUGAACUGAAAUGGGGUCAAAUCAACUUCCUUCAUACGACAGAUACUCAUGGCUGGCUGGCUGGCCAUCUCUCAGAGUAUGAGUAUCAGUCGUUGCUUGGUGAUAGAGUAGAGGGCAAUGGCCUUUACGAUUCGUCAGACCCUAAAGGUAUAUAUACUUCCGAGAUUAUACGGCAACAACAAAUCGACGUGUUGUCUCCCGGAAAUCAUGAGCUCUACAAAAAGAGCACCUCAGAAGCCGAAUAUAGAAUUACUGUACCUAACUUCCGCGGUCACUAUUUGUCGUCCAACGUCGAUAUCUAUGACCCUGAAACAGGAGAACUCGUGGAGUUGGGUCCCCGAUUUAGGAAAUUCACCACGAAGAACCAAGGCAUUCGCAUCACUGCCUUUGGCUUUCUUUUCGACUUUACAAGGAACUAUAACAACACGGUUGUCCAUCCGGUGGAGGAAGUUGUGAAAGAGCCUUGGUUCAAGCACGCCAUUCAAGACCAGGCCGUCGAUCUGUUUUUGGUGAUAGGGCAUGUUCCAGUUCGGUCAAAAGAGUACGACGCGGUCUUCAAUGAAAUCAGAGCUAGUCAUCCGGACACGCCAAUUCAGUUUUUCGGUGGUCACCUCCACAUUCGCGAUUGUCAUCAAUUCGACUCGAAAGCUGUUGGGCUUGCCAGUGGCCGAUUUAUGGAAACUAUUGGGUUUGCGUCAAUUAGCGGACUGUCUACGGAGCGCAACAAAUUGGAGCCCAGCAUGGUAGAUCCUAUCUUCGAGCGAAGUCACACUGGUCUUAAUGAGAGUACGUUUCCAACGGAGCACGGCCGCAAUGUGUCUCGUCUUAUCCAGCAAUCACGAAGUGCGCUGAAACUAGACGAAAUAUACGGCUGCGUCCCGGAGACCUUGUGGAUGUCACGAUCUCCGCAUACAGCCUCAAAUAACAUUUACGCUUGGUUGCAGAGGGAGGUACUUCCAAGCAUGCUAGACGACACAUCUCGGAAAGGGAAACCAGCUUUCGUUAUCUUCAAUACUGGCGCCAUUCGGUUUGACCUUUUCAAGGGGCAAUUCAAUCGGGACUCAGUCUAUAUAAUUUCGCCAUUUACAAGUGGCUUUCGUUACCUGAAGGACAUUGCCUAUGCCGAAGCAGAGCAGGUUUUGAAUGUCCUAAAUCAGCAGCCACAAAUCUUCACAGGCGCCGAAGGGACAACCGGGCUUCUGCUACGGGCUCUUGCGCCGCCAGAGCAAGCUGCUCGUGACUACGGAAUUGACCUCGCUCGACUACAUCGUGCAGAGUCGAUUCUCAAUAUUCCCACAAGUCAGCAUCCGAUGUCAGUUGGCCACGAUUCUGAGCAUGAGAUCAUACCUGGAUAUACUACGACAGAUGAUCUAGGUGCAGAUGGUGAUGAUACAGUCCAUUCCAUGAUUGAAUUCUAUCAGAUACCGAACUGCAUAGGUGCCUUGACUCUUGACGGUGGCUCUGCUCCGCCAGAAACUGUGGACCUUGUGUACAUCGAUUUCAUACAGCCAUAUGUGAGCUUCGCGGCUGACCAAGUUGGGCUCGGUGUCAAUGUCUCUCAGGACAGUGAGGUGUAUAUGCCCUCUACUUCAUUUACGGAUCUCCUUGUACAGUGGGUUAAGACUCACUGGGGCUGCUCGGUGUGA